AUGAGAGUCCUUGCAGCCACCCUGGCUGGUCUGUUCCUUGUGGCCAUCUGCUCCCUGGCUGAGGCUGAUGGCAGAGUCUCCAGGAAUGCUGCACUUUCCAAGAACGAAGCCACCUCCUGCUGCCUGAUGUACACUUCACGCCCCAUCCCACGGCGCAUGAUCCACUCUGCCUACAGGACCAACACCAGGUGCCCAAUGCAAGCCGUGGUCCUGGUCACCAGGAAGGGGAGGGAGGUGUGUGCAAAUCCCGAGGCUCUCUGGGUGCAGAAAUACCUGGAGGACUUGGAGCUUCUGGAGCACUGA